AUGCCACCGAAGCUAUCGAAAAGUGACAAACAGGAUCUCAUUGUGGCGCAUCUUCGGGCGUCUGGCACCUGUCACACACUGAAAGAUCUGGAAAAGGCCCUCCCAUCAGUCGCCUCGAUCAACAGCAUCCAGGUCAAAGAAUACAUCCAAGCACUAACGGACGAGAACCGAAUCCGAGUGGAAAAGAUCGGCAGUGGGAACUGGUACUGGAGUUUUGGCAGUGAUGAAAGAAUCCAACACGAACGCCAGUUGGGCCGGGUGAAGACGGAAGUGGAGCAGGCCCGCCAGAGCAGAACUGACGCGGCGGAGGCCCUCGCCACUGAAACCACGCGACAGGAGAAAGAGGCCGAUUCCGGGAUUGGAUGUGAAUCAGAGCGCAUGGCACUGCAGGCGCAAAGAGCCGAGCUCCAGGCAGCGGUUGAUCGGCUUCGAGCAGAAACAGCGGCAGCACAGCCCGGUGGUGGUGGUGGGGAGGAGCAGGCGCAGGAGGACUUGAUUCAGUGCGCAACAAGGGUGUCCUGCAAGUUCGAGAGGAGCUAG